UUGCAAUUGUAUCGUGCAAUCGAAUUAUUUUCAAAUCGAUUAUAUAAACGUUUGAUUGGGUGGAUUGGAUUCGUAGAAAAGAAAAGAAAAGUAUGUUUAACGAUUUUACAGUUUUAUCAACUUUUCACGUCGGACAUUAAAUCGUUAUUGACUGCUGAUUUGCUGGAGAAAAUAUUAGGUGCUUUCUCGGUUGUCUCUACUUACAGUACAAUAUACUUUUGUUUUGCAACAGUUCGUAUCAUUCAUUUUUCUAACAUCUGAUCUUAUAGUUUUUCAUUAACAUGGAACAUUUAAUUACGUAGAAGAAAUUUAUUCGAUUUUAUAUAGAUUAAAAUGAUCUUCGCCCAUCUUAAAUUCGAUUACGAGCAAUUACGCGAAGAUGAUCAAUUCGAAAUUAUGGACAGAUAUAUGAAAGAAAGUAAAUUAUAUAUUACGAUUAUCGUUGGUAUUUGUAAUCUCUAUGUUAUGUCAAUAACGAUUCCAAGUGUUUUCAAUGUUAUCCUCCAUAUUUUUGGAUUAUUGGAUGAUAUUCAUUUAACAUUACCCUUACCUGUUAAUAAUAUUGUUAAUCCAGGACCAUCCUAUUAUAGUUUGUUAAUUUAUCAAAUAAUUGCUAUAUUCAUUAUAUUAAUAUUAGCCUGUAUAUGUUAUUCAUCGUAUUUGAUAUUCGUACAACACGCGUGUGUACAACUUAGUUUAAUAAUAUUGACGAUACGUAAACCAUUUAAAAAUAAUCAGGAUUACAUAGAGAUGACGUGUUGUAAUAUUACACCACGGGACGAAUUCGAUUGGAUAGUCGAAAUAAUAAAACGUUAUUCAAGAGUUACGGAGUUAGUUCGGAAUAAUUAUUUUUUUCUUACGUUCGUACUAAUUCAUUUUAAUAAAUUUUUUUCUCUUCCUUUCAAGGUACGUUGA